AUAGAUGCAUAUAUUCGUGAAAAGCGAGAACCCUUAAGGGUUUGCCGCCCGUGUCGUGAAAUCCCUACAGGUUCUUGUGGUCUCUUUGAGUAUUAGAAAUACUUCAGUGUUGAACUUAAAACCUCUUCAUUAAGUAGGCACUUCAGAUGCGCACUCAAACAAUUUUGGAAUCUCAUCAACGGUUUUUGUGGUUGUUGAAGAAGAAGACGACGAAGGAAAAUAUAAAGAUGAGUGGGUGGAAGCCAAUGGUAGUACAGCUGGGGGAUAAAUGCCCUGAAUAUGGAGGCCAAGUUGAUGUUGAAUUCCACAUUGAAACAUGCAGUGGCAUGCUUUGGCGGGAGCUAGAACAUUCUGGAGAUGAAAUUUUGCAGCUUGUCAUACAAUGCGCUGAAGAACUUCCACAUAAGAGUACAUUGUAUGCUACUUUGGUUGGCUUAUUGAAUCUUGAAGAUGAAGAAUUUGGUAGGAAGGUUGUGGAUACAGCACAUGCCAAAUUGCAGGAUGCUUUGAAUAGCGAAAAUUGCAAUAACAUACGAAUAUUAAUGCGCUUUAUCACUGUACUGAUGUGCAGCAAUGUCAUUCCUCCUAGUUCUGUGAUAGAAGUUUUUGAGACACUUCUGUCAUCAGCAACUACCACUGUAGAUGAAGAAAGAGGAAACCUUGCUUGGCAAGCACGUGCUGAUUUCUAUAUAUUUUGCAUUUUGGGUUGCCUUCCAUGGGGCGGGCUGGAGCUAGCUGAGCGUGUACCAGAUGACCUUGAUAGAGUUAUGACUGAAAUUGAAGCUUAUCUAAGUAUUAGGAAACACAUUUUUGAGCCCGCCUUUCUGCCGUUUGAAACACCAGCAGAUGAUAACAAGGAUGGAGGACAGGACUUCUUGGAAGAUUUAUGGGAACGCAUAAAAUCGCUAUCUGAAGAUGGAUGGAAGGUUGAUAGUGUUCCACGACCACACCUUGGUUUUGAAUCUCGAUUGGUGACUGGAAAGAGUUAUGAAUUUAAACCAGUGACAUGUCCUGAACAGCCUGAUCAACCUUCACCAAGUUCUGAUGUUACGGUUGGUAGACAAAGACAUGAAGCAGAGUUAAAAUAUCCACAAAGGAUUCAAAGAUUGCAUAUUUUUCCCGUUUCAAAAACUGAAGAGAACAUGAAACCCAUAGAUCGCUUCGUAGUUGAGGAGUAUUUGCUGGAUAUUAUGCUUUACCUAAAUGGCUGCCGUAAGAAAUGUGCUGCGUAUAUGGCUAGCUUACCUGUUACAUUCCGCUAUGAAUAUCUAAUGGCUGAAACAAUAUUCUCUCAGCUUCUUUUGCUCCCCAAACCCCCUUUUAAGGGAUGCUAUUAUGCCUUGGUGAUUAUUGAUCUUUGUAAGGCUCUUCCUGGAGCUUUCCCUAUGGUUGUGGCUGGAGCUGUGCGUUCCCUUUUUGAUAGGGUGAAUGAUCUAGAUAUGGAAUGUCGGACUUGCCUUAUUCUCUGGCUUUCUCAGCACUUAUCAAACUUUCAGUUCAUUUGGCCAUGGGAAGAAUGGUUGCAUGUUUUGGAUCUUCCAAAGUGGUCACCACAACGUGUCUUUGUACAGGAAGUACUUCAGCGAGAAGUUAGAGUAUCUUACUGGGACAAAAUCAAGCAGAGUAUUCAAAAUGCUCCAGGUCUAGAAGAACUUCUCCCACCAAAAGAUGGCUCUUGUUUCAAAUAUGGAGAUCAGGAAGGAGACCACUCGGAAGUAGUAGAAUUCUCUCUAUCUAAAGAGCUGAAUAAUAUGGUGAAGGAUAAGAAAACAUCUCGUGAAAUUCUUUCUUGGGUGGAGGAGAAUAUUGUUGCAGUACAUGGGCAUGGUGUUUCAGUUGAUGUGGUUGUUCAAACACUUCUUCAUAUUGGAUCUAAGAGUUUCACACAUUUAUGCACUGUACUGGAGAGAUUUGGAAAUGUAAUAAGUAAAUUGGGUUCUGGUCAAUCAAAUGAAAUUCUAGUAAUAGAAGAAACCUCCAAAAUUUUUCAGAAUAAUACUCAAAUGGCUGCUAUUGCCAUUGAUCGCAUGAUGGUAUAUCGGAUUGUUUCUAAUUUAUCAAUCGUGACCUGGGUGUUUUCUCCAUCAAAUGUUGAACAAUUUCAUACUUCAGAUCGUCCGUGGGAGAUUUUAAGAAAUGCACUCGAUAAAACCUACAAUCGCAUAUCCGAUUUAAGAAAGGGAGUGAUUUCUGCUGAAAAAUCUGUUCAAAAAGCUAUUGAAGCCAAAGUGAAGGCACAGGCUGACUUGGAUUCUGCAGAGGCUUUACUAGAAGCAGCAGACAGCGAAGAACUUCAAGGUCAAGCAGCAGUCAGAUUAAAACGACUCAAAGCAGCAGUAGACAGAAUGAAGCAAGAGGAGAGUUCUGAACAGGAAUCUCUGGAGGCAAAAGAUGCACUCCUAUCUCGAGCGCUUAGUGAAAAUGAGGUAUUGUUCAUCACUCUUUAUAGGAGCUUUUCGGAUGCACUUAUGAAGCAACUCUCAGUUGAUCUCACUGAGAAACAGGAAGAUGUUCUUGGACCAGAUCACAGAGAGCCAAUGUCUAUAGAUUCAGAAGAACCUUCAGCAAUGGAUGCUGAUGAUGAUGAACGACGGAAUCAAAGGUUCUUGAAAAGCAAUGGAUUACAUAGCCAAGCAGAACAGGAGUGGUGUCGUUGCACCCUAGGCCAGGUCCGGGCACUGACAAGGAAGUAUGCAACAGAGAUUUGGCCUCACAUUGAGAAAAUAGAUGCUGAAGUUUUUACAGGAGAUAUACAUCCUUCUAUUGUAAAAGCAGUAUAUUCUGCCCUUCGGCGUCCAUUUUCAUAACUGAAAAGGGCUGUAAUCUGAUGUAAAAAUGCAGCUUAUUGAAAGAGUGGAUGUAAAAUAUUCAUGAAUACAAUGUGUUUGUGGUGUUUUCAACUGUAGUUUAUCUUUGUUGGUAAAGGCCUUAAAUGUAAGGUAGGAAAUGAUAGGUGUAAUGUAUUGCAGUCAACCGAAGUAGCCUUCAAUGAAUGACAAAAUUUUGCCACUGAAGUUUACAUAAUAUAGAAGUAUAUAGGCUAAACCUGUGACAGAAAAUUUGGCCAAAGGCUUGGAAGUAAAUCCAUAAACAUAAUCCAUUGGUCCUUUUCCCAGAUAUCACAUAUGCCAAAGCAAAUAGAGAUUGAGGGCAUCGUAUAUCAUCAUUAAUCAACAUUUAUAACAGCAUUUGAUUAGAAAAUAAAUUGAUUGGCACAUAUUAGUUCCACUGCCAAUCGGCAACUCUUUGUUUGA